CUUUAUAAGUCACACGGAUGCUAGUUCUCAGUUCGACGCCUGGGGGAGGAGAUUAAAGUGCACUUUGUUACCCCUAAAGAGGAGGAAUGGCGCGUUAGCAUCGAAGCUAACAUGCUGUCAUGGCUCACAGCACCAUCAACCAGUACCUGCAGCAGGUGUACGAGGCGAUCGAUGGUCGAGACGGAUCGUUCUGCUCCGAGCUGCUGUCGUUCAAACACCCUCAUGUUGCUAACCCUCGCCUACAGUUGGCGAGUCCAGAGGAGAAGUGCCAGCAGCUUCUGGAGCCGCCGUACGACGAGAUGGUCGCCGCUCACCUCAGAUGCACCUACGCCGUCUCCAACCACGACUUCGUGGAGGCGUACAAGUUCCAGACGCUCGUCGUUCAGUCUUUCCUCAGAGCCUUUCAGUCCCACAAAGAGGAGAACUGGGCGCUGCCGGUGAUGUUCGCCGUCACGCUGGAUCUCAGGAUCUUCGCCAACAACGCGGAGCAGCAGCUGCAGAAGAAGGGCAAAGGUCAGCCGGCGGAGAUGCUGGAGAAAGCUGCAGAACAGCUGAUGAGCUGCUUCAGAGUGUGUGCCAGCGACAACCGUGCGGGGGUGGAGGACUCUAAGAAAUGGGGGAUGAUGUUUCUGAGCAAUCAGCUGUUCAAGAUCUACUUCAAGAUCAAUAAGCUGCACCUGUGUAAGCCUCUGAUCCGGGCGAUCGACAGCUCGAACCUGAAGAACGACUUCAGCCCCGCUCAGAAAGUCACAUACAGAUACUACACGGGGAGAAAGGCUAUGUUCGAUAGUGACUUCAAACCAGCGGAGGAGUUCCUCUCCUAUGCCUUCCAUCACUGCCAUCGCUCCAGCCAGAGGAACAAGAGGAUGAUCCUGAUCUACCUGCUGCCCGUCAAGAUGCUGCUGGGUCACAUGCCGACCCACCAGCUGCUCAGGAAGUAUGACCUCAUGCAGUUUGCAGACGUCACUAAGGGAGUGAGUGAGGGGAACCUGCUGCUGCUGAACGAAGCUCUGAACAAACACGAGACCUUCUUCAUCCGCUGCGGCAUCUUCCUCAUCCUCGAGAAGCUGAAGAUCAUCACCUACAGGAACCUGUUCAAGAAAGUGUACCUGCUGCUGAGGACCCACCAGCUGCCCCUGGCCUCCUUCCUGGUCUCUCUGCAGAUGAUGCAGCUGCAGGACGUUGAUCUGGACGAAGUGCAGUGUAUCCUCGCUAACCUCAUUUACAUGGGUCACAUCAAAGGCUACAUCUCCCAGCAGCACCAGAAGCUCGUGGUCAGUAAACAGAACCCGUUUCCUGCUCUGUCCUCCGUCUCAUAGACUACGUCACCCACAAUCCCCUCUGCUCUGUCCUCCGUCUCAUAGACUACAUUACCCACAAUCCCCUCUGCUCAAACAUUCUUUAUUUUGUACCGGAAACCUUUUAAUGUUGAAUAAAAACGGAAUCUGUUUGUA